AUGGAACCUCCAACAAUCAAAAUUGAGCUUGAGGUCGACAAUCUCAAAAAUCAGGAACUCGGCUCAUGGCCUUCCAAACCUGCCGUGGCAGAAGAUGGCUUCACAAAUCUCGAGGCUGGAGACGCCAAAGGCUCAGGAUCUUAUUUAUCCGUCCAACUCACAACCAUCCAAGCCAUUGAUAGCAAACACAGCUUAUUCGUUUGGCAUACUGUGUACCACCCUGGUGUUGGAAGGCGGUUCCAGAGCGCCGUUCUAGUAGUAAAGCUUUCACAGAAGCCUUCAAGUCCGGCGUCAGUCUCUGGCAACAUAGCUUCGUCGGUGGUUCCUCCAGUCCGGAUACAACAACAUGCUCCUCGAAAAGCGUUUGGAGGAACAGCAGAAGAAUCCAAGACUGUGCACUGGGGUCUGGAGCUACCUCUGACGGUUUCCGUAGGACCCGUAGGGAUUGGAGUAACUCCUUGUACCGAGCGUAAAUCCGCUGUCGAGGUCGACCACGCAUUCGUGAUUGAGGGCUCUGUUCGAGGGAUACCGCAAAAGCACACGUGUGUCUGGACAGUGGAGGAGAACAAAGCUACCGAACGUGGUGUGCCGUCGGAGGUUCGUUUUGCAGCCUUGAUCGAGCACUCUCAGCCGAUUAUCUGCGAAGUGAGUGCGUCAGGUUGGACAGCGGGAGGACUGAAGCCAUCACACCAUCUCAAGACGAAGACACCAAAAGAGGCAAGAAGCUUGGAGGUCGAUCCUUCUCAGUACAAAGGCAAACUCGUUGAAUUUGAACUCGGUCAAGACAUCUCGCAAUACCAGGAAUUACUGAGUAGCUGGACAGGAAAAGUUGAGGGUGCGUUGCUUGAAUUUGACCAGACGGUUGUUGGUCCGUAG